GGGCAUACUUUGAAAAUUUAUUAACGGUUAUCCAAAAUAUAACGCCAUGCAUAUAAGUUUGAUUCACAACACUUCUCAAUUGUGCAUUCAAAGCGAAUAAACCAAUAUGAUUUCCCAUUCCUUCUCAUUAGCUAUGAUUUUGCUCCUAUUUCUUUUCAUUUUUCAGCUUCUCUCUUACUUAAAGAGAAACAAGAAGCUGCAUGCACGAUUACCACCUCACCCUCCAAGUCCACCAGCAAUACCAAUAAUUGGACAUCUUCAUCUCCUCAAACCACUCAUUCAUCAUGCCUUUCGCCACCUCUCCGAUCAAUAUGGCCCUUUAAUAUCCCUUCGACUUGGCUCCUCUCAAUUUAUCAUUGUUAACACUCCAUCACUCGCCAAAGAGUUUCUCAAGACACAUGAGCUCACUUAUUCUCACCGUAAAAUGAGCAUAGCUAACGUAGUUGCCUAUGAUGAUGCAACUUUUGCUUUCGCUCCUUAUGGGACUUAUUGGAAAUUUAUUAAAAAGCUCAGCAUCACUAAGCUCUUGGGUAAUCGAACCAUGACACAAUUUCUACCGAUUCGAACCCAAGAACUCCAUGAAUUCAUUCAAACUUUGGCAAAUAAGUCUAAGGCGGAAGAAAGUGUGAACCUCACACAAGCUUUGAUAAAGCUUUCCAACAACAUAAUAUCACGGAUGAUGUUGAGUAUUGAUUGCUCAGGAACAGAUAACCAAGCAGAACAAGUUAGGGCUUUGGUUCGCGAGGUAACACAAAUUUUUGGAGAAUUUAAUGUUUCAGAUUUUAUAGGAAUUUUCAAGAACUUUGACUUGCAAGGUUUUAAAAAGAGGGCCUUGGACAUACACAAAAGGUAUGAUGCUUUGUUGGAUAAGAUUAUUUCUGAUCGUGAAGAACUAAGAAGGGAAGCCAAGCUAAUAGAUGGUGGUGGUGAGAAUGGUGAAGAAGAGAGACUGAAAGAUUUUCUUGACAUUUUGCUAGAUGUCUACAGUGAGAAAGACCGUGAAGUCAACUUUACUAGAAAUCAUAUCAAAUCAUUAAUAUUGGUAACUUCACACGACACACAAGAUAGUAACUUCACACGACAUCAACUAUUCUUGGUUACCUGCAAGUUACUCAUACGGUCAUAA